GUUGAAGGAUUUAUAAAUGUCUCACACAAUAUGACAUUUAGAAUUAUGACGAGGUCAAUAGUGCUAAACCUGACCUUAAUCAUAUGCUUGAAAAGAGUAUAAAUGGAACUACACAAGUUUAUUUCACUGGUUCACGGAGAAUAAUGUCAACUAGUUUCAUCACCCUGUUUGUUGUACUUACAUGCUUCACAGAAUGGUCACUUGAGACAGUGCUAAAUACUACUGAGUCUCACACCAAUUCAACUGAAUCACAAUCCACUCUGUUGCAGGCAACACUGCAAUCAUCAGACUGUUUACGGUUUUUUGCUUCAUUUUUUGGACGAUAUUAUUGGAUUGAUUUUUGCGACAGUAAUAGUUAUAUUGACCCAUAUUUUAUGUAUUAUACAAAUAUGAUUUGUUCACAUCGAAGUUAUUUGACGACGAGAUACUGGAUCGUGUAUUCGCGACACGAAUUCCAAGGUCAAUAUAUUAUAAUUCCACCCGGUGAAUGUAAGAAUUAUUUAAGGCAAUACGGAAUGACGUCAGUUGGGUCAUUACUUAAAUGCACAAGAGCAAAUCAAUACCACACAAACUAUUACUGUCAUAGGCCACGCGGAACAUGGUUCCCGAAUAAUCAAUUUCCACAUGGCAUACCUCCAUUCGGACCGCAAUCGGUUCAAGAUCCAUUUGGAGGUAUGCAUUCGCCGAAUUUUCUUGGUCCACAAAAUUAAGGGAAGUAAAGAGUAAAUGUACAGGAAAAAGAGGAAAACUCCCUACGUGAGGUGAACCUGAAGAAUGAUGGACAAAACUAUUUUGUAAUAAAUUUUCCUUUUUUGAAAUCAAACCACGUCUUUCAAUUCUGAAAAAUAUAUCUGUUGUGUUAGA